UUAAAUUUGUCCACAUCAACCUGUUACUUAAAGCAUUUAGACACAGUGAUGGCUCAGAGGAAGCGUCGUCAAAAUGUCACAGCUGCAAGCGGCCGUCCCAAACAUCGUCAGGACAAUUCCUCCCAAGCGAAGGAUGACACGGUGGACCCGUCUGUGUUUUACACCUGUCCGUGGGUCAGUAGUCAGACUCCGUACCUGCUGUACCGUUUGCUGAUGGCUGGUGGCAUUCUGUACUACAUCUGGUGCGAUGUCCAGUACUUUGGAGUUGGCUUUCUACUGUGGCUUUCCUUGGCAUCCAACUGGUCUGUCACCCUCCUGGCCGUGCAUUUUACAUGGGGCGCUGCCCUCUGUGCUGCACACCGCCCUGUACAGAAGAUCCAAAAUGCUGCCAGAAAGUCACAACACAGCCCACGUCAGCAGCCAUCCAAGCUUCCCUGGCAUCUCAGAGCUUAUCGGCCCCUCUCAAUAAUGACAUACACAGCUAGCUUUGUCACAAGCAUUGGUUACGCAGUCCUGCUCAGUCAUAUCUAUGGAUGGGAUUUGCAUGCAAUCCUGACACAUGUGGUGAACUCUGUUAUCGUUAUUGUAGACAUCCUCUUAUCCCGGGUACCAAUUCGUCUCAAUGACUACGUAUAUAUUGCUGGACUCUACAUUGCAUAUUUGACUUCCACCCUUGUGUACUGGGCUGUCGGCCAGAUGACUGGGUCUGAGAAUAUCGCUUACUGGUUUUUGGACUACACCAAGGCACCUGGGCAAGCACUGGUUGUGAGCGUUAGUCUGAGCAUGUUAACUUUUGUUAUGCAUUGUGUGCUGGUGGGGAUUUCCAAAGCAAGAGAUAUGUUCUAUUAAAUGUUUAAGAUCGGAAAAGAUGGGGAAGCAUAAACAUACUGUGUAUGCAACAGGGAAGCGUUAUAGUCUAGUUAAGUGGGUACAUGUAUCUCACUGGACUGGGGUACAUUGGCAGUGUCGCUGCUUCCUAAAUCAGCUCUGUGCUACCCUUGACUUCAGAAUGGGAAUAUCAUGCAAACUGUACUGUACAAACAUGACUUAAAAAUCACAAAAUACACAAAUUGCAACAAGAUUGUUUUUUUUUUGUAAUUCGUUAAAACCCAUCAAAUCACUAGGCCACAGCGAGAUUGUUCAUAUGCUGCAGCUUUAGUGAGGUACCUGCUUUAGAUAUAUCUAAAGGGUAUAAUACCUAAUGGUUUAGAAUUUCAAUGAGGAUCAAAAACAUUCUCAUUUCAAUUAUUGUCAACAGCGAGCUUGGUACACGUGCUAGGGCCCCUUCACACUUACGCUGUAUGCGUAUAUUCAAUUUCAUAUGAGCCCCAUAUUUUCUUCUGGUAAAGUUUGUGACCGAAUUUUUGGGAGUUUGUUCA